AUGAGAAAUGAAGUGAUCCAAGGCUCCGAUGACGACGACGAUGAAACGUCGUCGUCAGGCCAGACUUACACCCAAGAUAAUGAUCCCGUCGUCCUGGAAAUGUCUUCCAUUGAUCCCGCCUCUUCAUCUAAGGCCAACAAAUCUUUCAAGAAAGUAAAAAUUAGAAGAAAAGAGUCAAUACGUGGAGAAUCUAAACUGGAAUUAUUUGGCUUCGAUUCUCUUGUAAAUAUUCUUGGUCUUAAAAGCAUGACCGGAGAGCAAACAUCCGUGCCUACUAGUCCAAAAGAUGGUGAAGAUGCUUCACAACACCCAAAGGUUAUUGGUAGUGUCAAAUUAGGAACAAUGAUGGGAGUUUUUAUCCCAUGCUUGCAGAACAUUUUGGGAAUUAUCUACUACAUCCGCUUUUCUUGGAUUGUUGGCAUUGCAGGAAUAAGUGAUUCCCUUUUAUUAGUAGCCUUGUGUGGGUUGUGUACUUUUUUAACCGCUGUAUCCUUGAGUGCAAUUGCAACUAAUGGUGCAAUGAAGGGUGGCGGCCCAUACUAUCUUAUCGGUAGGGCCCUAGGGCCUGAAGUUGGAGUGAGCAUAGGAUUAUGUUUCUUUUUAGGGAAUGCAGUUGCUGGUGCUAUGUAUGUGUUGGGAGCAGUUGAAACAUUUUUAAAUGCUGUUCCCAAAGCGGGGAUCUUUAGAGAGACUGUUACAGAAGUAAAUGGUGCAGAAGUCGGAGAACCAAUUACUAGUCCAAGUUUGCACGACUUGCAAAUUUAUGGGAUUGUUGUCACAAUAAUUUUAGCUUUUGUAGUUUUUGGUGGUGUAAAAACUAUUAAUAAGGUGGCACCAGCCUUUCUUAUACCUGUUUUAUUUUCACUCUUAUGCAUAUUCAUUGGGAUACUUUUGGCAAGAAGGGAUAAUCCAGUUGACGGGGUCACUGGGUUGAGUUUGAAAUCAUUUAGAGAUAACUGGAAUUCUGAUUAUCAGAAGACAAAUGAUGCUGGAAUACCUGAUCCCGAUGGAGAUAGAUACUGGAACUUCAAUGCAUUGGUAGGACUUUAUUUUCCUGCUGUAACGGGAAUUAUGGCUGGUUCUAAUCGUUCGUCUUCAUUAAAAAACACACAACGGUCUAUUCCUAUUGGGACUUUGGCUGCAACACUGACAACUACUUUCAUGUACAUUAUAUCUGUAUUCCUUUUUGGAUCAGUUGCUACCAGGGAGAAACUGUAUACAGACAGAUUAUUGACAGCUACCAUUGCAUGGCCAUCUUCAAGCAUAAUAUACGUGGGAAUUAUUCUUUCAACCUUGGGUGCGGCUCUGCAAAGCCUUACCGGGGCCCCACGUCUGCUUGCAGCAAUAGCCAAUGACAACAUCCUACCUCUUCUUAACUACUUUAAGGUGGCAGAUGGCAGUGAACCACACAUUGCUACAUUAUUUACAGCAAUCCUAUGUAUUGGGUGUGUCAUAAUUGGGAAUCUGGAUCUUAUUUCCCCGACCAUAACAAUGUUUUAUCUUCUGUGUUAUGCGGGGGUCAACUUAUCCUGCUUUCUUCUGGACCUGUUAGAUGCGCCUAGCUGGCGUCCUCGCUGGAAAUUCCAUCACUGGAGCGCCUCUCUAUUUGCAGCAUGUCUUUGUAUUGUGAUCAUGUUUUUGAUUUCUUGGUUAUUCACGGUGGUGUCACUUGCUCUUGUUAGCUUGAUAUACUAUUACGUGUGCCUUAAGGGAAAAGCAGGUGACUGGGGAGAUGGGUUUAAGAGUGCUUAUUUUCAGCUGGCUCUUCGUAGUCUUCGAUCUUUAGGAGCAAACAAUGUUCACCCAAAGAACUGGUACCCUAUACCGUUGGUAUUCUGCCGGCCAUGGGGAAAGCUGCCGGAAAAUGUGCCUUGCCAUCCAAAGCUUGCUGAUUUCGCAAACUGCAUGAAGAAAAAAGGGAGGGGAAUGUCAAUAUUUGUGUCUAUCCUAGACGGAAACUAUCAAGAGUGUGCAGAAGAUGCCAAAAAUGCCUGCAAGCAGCUCGCCGCCUACACUGACUACAGACGCUGCGAGAGUGUGGCGGAGAUCAUAGUCGCCCCUACCAUGUCAGAAGGCUUCCGGGGAAUCGUUCAGACCAUGGGCCUGGGUAACUUAAAGCCUAACAUAGUGGUCAUCCGGUAUCCCGAAAUAUGGCGGCAGGAGAAUCUCAAGGACAUCCCGGCUACUUUUGUGUCUAUUAUCAAUGAUUGUAUAGUUGCUAACAAAGCAGUGGUUAUAGUGAAGGGCUUGGAUGAAUGGCCCAACGAAUAUCAACGGCAAUACGGGACCAUCGAUUUGUAUUGGAUUGUGAGAGACGGUGGUUUGAUGUUGCUUUUAUCUCAGCUUUUGUUGACCAAACAAAUAUUUGAGAGUUGCAAGAUCAGGGUGUUUUGUGCUGCUGAAGAGGAUUCUGAUGCAGAAGAACUCAAGACAGAUGUUAAGAAGUUUCUUUAUGAUCUUCGAAUGCAAGCGGAGGUGAUUGUUAUAUCCAUCAAGUCGUGGGAUCAUCGGGGUGGAAGGGAGGAUGAAAAUGUGGAGGCGCUCACGGCGGCGCAGGGGCGGAUCAAGACUUACCUAGCAGAGAUGCAGGGAAGUGUUGGUGUGGAUGAGCAACAAGUGGAUAAGUUUUUGUAUACGACUCUGAAGCUGAACUCUACGAUUAUGAAGCAGUCUGGAAUGGCGGCAGUGGUGCUUGUGAGCCUUCCGCCGCCACCGGAGAAGCACCCGUCGUAUCUGUACAUGGAGUAUAUGGAUUUGUUGGUGGAAAGUGUGCCCAGGAUACUUAUUGUUCGAGGUUAUCGUAGAGACGUUGUCACUCUCUUCACGUAG